AUGGGUGAGUUUGAUAUUCUUAAGGGCAACACAAUUGGGGCUCGCUGGCCACCGACGGCGUCGCUGGUGAUUGACGAUGAGGUGCUGGCAUGUCUGUGCUUGCCGGACGGUGCUCAUAUUCACGAGGAGGACAAGACCAUGUUCUUGAUUCAUCCGACGCCUCCUGACUCUGCCGCUGCUCCGCUGCCGUCGGUUGUCCACUCGGUGCGGGUCUCGUCGCAGACGCCGCUCUUUGCCACCUCGGUCUUUAUCAACAUAGCUGACGAGAGCGUGGACCGCGGCGCCAUCCAGCUGUCGAUGGUGGCGGUGGCGCGAUGCCCACUGUUUGCCGAGUUUGGUGGCAUCCUGCGCCACGCGGUCGCGCUGGCUGCCGACCUGAUGCGCGGCCGCGACGUCGGCCUUGACGGUAUCCACUCACGCCAGGACGUGCUCGCCGCUGUCUACCGCGAGCUCAAUCGUGCGCUGCAGCGCGAGCUUCAGGUCAGCGUGCUCGGCAAGACCUUCCAUAUCGGGACGUUGCUCGAUGGAGGCAGCGCGAGUGGCAACUCGCUGCCUCUCAGCACGGCUUCCAGGGAGUCAAAUGCCGAGCCCGUCCAUCUCGACGAGACGCUGAGCGCCAUCGCAGCGUCGGCAGACGGUGGCUCGGCGCCUGCGACGCCCGAGCCCGAGUGGCCGGUCGCUUCGUACACAGGGAUCUCGCUCUCGGCGCUAGUUCGCGCAUUUGGUCCGGACACCAUGGUCCUGUGGUACGCGCUCCUGCUCCGGCGGCGGGUGCUGUUUACGGGCCAGCCGGCGCAGGCGGUGUGCAAUCUGGUCCUUGCGGCGCCGCUGCUGGUUGCACCGCUCGAGUCGCUUGCGUCGCGGCUUGCGCCGUAUGUCUGUCUGCAGGAUACAACGCCGCUGGAUGUUGCCGGCGGCGUGUGCGGGUCGACCAACCUCCUGUUUGCUACCCGAGAAGAGUGGUACGACGUCCACGGCUCGCUAACAACCGGCUCGGUUGCAUGCUCGUCAGCGUCGAGCCUCAGCGCCAUCAAGCCGGGCUCAGGCGAUCGCAAGUUCAUCAAGAACGUCCUCGCCGGCCUCUCCGAGUCGCGGUCCGAGGCCUGGAUCCGAGUCCAGUUUGCAAAUCACACCCGUGCGUUCCUGGCAGGCGUCGAGGCCGACACUCUCCGUGGAACGCAAGCCAAGUAUCUCUCGAGCUUUGUCUCAGAUGAGCUGUAUCGGGCGUACCUGGUGCAGGAGGCCCGCCGGGCAGCGGUGGCCGAAGCAAACGGCAGCGCAAGCGAGGCGGCGGUGUCCGUGGCUGACAUUCGGGCGCUGGUGGCAACGCUGGCCAAAGGCGAUGCCGACGUGGCACCCGUCCGACUGCAGCACAUGCUGUUUGAGCUCGACAAAGUGCUCUCGGACGUGCUGCACCUCGAGGAAGUGGUGCGGCUCGGCGGCGUGUCUGCCGUCACCCCGUUCCUUUCUCACGGCUCGGCGCAGGUGCGCAAGUACGCGGUCUCGGUCCUAGGCAAGCUUGCGGUCUCACUGCCUGGUCAGCUUGCGUUGCUGCAGCUUGACGCCGUGGGCGACGUCCUUGCGCUUGUCGACGACUCGCGGGCCAACGUGGCGGACGCGGCGGCCAAGUGCGUGCUGCGGAUGGCGCAACUGUUUGUGGGCGCGCAAGCUCUUGUCCGCGCCUCGACGCUUGACAUCUGCACCCGCCUAGUGCUCGCCAAGAAGACGCCGCUGACGGUGCGGACGUCGGCAGCGCGGGUCCUGCUCGAGAUCUACGAGCAGGUGCCUGGCGUGCCGGUGCCUGCGGAGGAAGUCAUCAAGGCAUUCCACUUGCAGCUCUACCUCGAGUCGCCGGAGCUCAAGGUUGCGCUCUACCUGCUGCUAGAUAUGUGGGGCGCGUCGCUGCCGGCGUUGCCAUGGACCGAGCGAGUCAACCGGUUCCUCAACGCGCUGUGUGUCGAGGAUCAGCUGACAAGGACGGAUGCCUCGUGCCACAUCCUGGCGCAGCUCGGCGAGAGGCGCGAGCUCGCGCUCGAGUUUGUGGCACGCGGCGGCAUCGAAGUUGUGCUCCAGAACCUGCGUCCUGUCGUCAACAUUGACAUUCUUGUCACCGCCUCGUUUUGCCUCCUCACCCGGCUGGCAGCGACCGCCCUUGGGCGCCGCCGCAUGCUGCACCUGCUCAUUGUGCCCAAGGCGACGACCGCCCUUGGCGAGGUCAAUCCCGCCCUCGCCUUUGUCGCCGCCGAACUGCUGGAAACGCUCUCGCAGUUUGAGGAGACUGCCGAACUCGUGGUAGCCGAUGGCGGGCUAGAGGCGCUCGCUGCCGCUGUUGUCCGCGCCCUCGCCGAUCCGCACGUCCGCGCCCUCGCGCUUCCGGCCCUCACUGCGCUCCGCAACAUCGCACUCUUUGUCCCGUCAGCUCACCCGCUGCUCGCGGAGCACACCGCCGGCCAGGGCUUUGAGCUCGGGCGUGCUGGCGACAACAAGCAACUCGACGCCCAGGUCAGCGACAUCCUUGCAUCCGUCUGCGCCCUCGUCGACGCUGGGCCUACGCCAGCGCCCGACCUUCGGCGCAGCCUCGUCCGCCGUAUCCUUCUCGACAAGGCCAAGACCGUCAACUGA